GAAAAUUAGAUCAAAAAUGGAAAGGACCGUACUAUAUCCAUCAAUUGUUAUUAAAUAUAUCAUAUAAGAUAAGAGAACUAGAUAGUCGUGUACUUCGAACUCCAGUAAAUGGAGAUCUUUUAAAA